UGCUUCUUCCUCUCGUUCGGGACUCCUCCUCUCCGGCCCUCCCUUCUUCAGCCCCUUCGUCAGCCCCCUCGUCAGCCCCUUCGUCAGCGCCUUCGUCGAAAUGGAAGAAGAAGGUGAAACGUGCGUGAUUUAUUGCCCUGAAUUCAUCCCGAGGGUGGCGGGGCGGCCGUGGCGGCUGUGAUGGGGGCGGCACGGCGGAUGUUUCGCUGGUGUCCCACGAGAGCCCUGCGUCGAGGGGUCUACCUCCUGCUGCUGUGGUGCUCCCUUUGCUACCUCGUCUUCAGGUUUUCGGGCCAAGAGGAGGCAGGGUUUGCACACGGAGGCACCGGGCGGCUGCUGCUGCAGAAGAUCGUUGAGACACGAGCGCCUCCCUUCGCCACCACAGAGUCAGCCCCCAAUGCCACCACGGAGUUCAAUCCCCUGGAGCAGGAGCCAUCGGUGGACCGUUCGCCGUCACUCUCAGAUCAGGACCUGGCCGAGCAGAUCCAGGCCAAGAUCCCCAACCUGCCCAUCAUCUACUGGCACAAGCACAAGGGGACGGUGAUCUCCAAGAACAAGACAUGCGCCAAGUUCCCUUCACUCUAUGAGCUGAGCUUCAACAACAUGUACUGGCAGACCCUCAAGACCAGCAACGGCACCUUCCACCUGUACGGCGCCUACUACGACAACCGAACGCUGGUGGCCAUGAAGCCUGUCAUCCGCGUACUGGGCAUGAUUGACCGGUUGGAGCCCAAGGUCAAGACCUUCUGCCAGCUCUGGUUUGAGGACUACAAGGAGCCAGUCUUUGCCAAGGUGUGGGAGUACAAGUACAUUUGGUACAAGAAAUGGGGAAACUACAAGAAUGGGCUCUUCCAGCCAUACCUCAUAGGGUGCCAGGUGCCCCCCGGCCACCGCCACCUUGUGCCACAGUCAGUGUCGCUGGUGGAGCGGCCAUGCGACAUGGCCACCACCAACCUCAGGGUCAUCUACAAUCAGCCCCCCAACGGGCAGAAGGAAGACUUUGCCGUGUGUGUCAAGGGCCUGGACUUCCUCCAUGACGACCUGAGUGUCCGCCUGGUGGAGUGGCUGGAGAUGCUGCACGUACUGGGUGCCAAUAAGGUGUUCCUGUAUGACCUGGAGGUGCACCCCAACAUCUCAAAGGUGCUGCAGCACUACGAGGCAUUGGGACGUGUGGAGUUGACCAAGCUGACCCUGCCUGGGGAGCAGCCCAACAUCCCGGGACUGCUCCACAUGUACCUCAAGUCCAAGGUCACCAACAAGAGGCAGAAUGAGCUCAUCCCAUACAACGACUGCCUCUACAAGAACAUGUAUCGCUACCGCUACAUCGCGCUGCUGGACACUGAUGAGAUCAUCAUGCCCAAGAGCUCCAUGUCCUGGAAGAGCCUCAUGGACAUCGUGGUGCCCAAGGCCCUCAAGACCAAGAAGGAGCCUCGGGCGUCCUACAACGUGAGGAAUGUCUACUUCAUGGACACCAUGCGCCACUCCCACGGCUGGUUCCGGGAGAUCCCGCACUACAUGCACAUGCUGCAGCACGUCUACCGCUCCGUCAACUACACCAAGCCGGGCCAGUACGUCAAGUGCUUCCAUGACCCGGAGCGCGUCCUCACGCUGCACAAUCACUUCCCGCUGGCCUGCCUCGGUGGCAGCUGCUCCUCCUACGCCGUGGACACUGAGGACGCGCACCUCCAGCACUACCGUGCCGACUGUGUCAACACCCUUAAGAAGUCCUGCUCUCAGGAGUACAAGAACCACACCAUCCUGGACACCACCAUCUGGCGGUUCCGUGAGCCGCUGGUCGGCCGGGUCACGGACACCUUGCUCAAGCUGGGCUUCUUCACGCCUGGCUCCAGCAACAGGCUAGUGGACCUCCCACCGUCCGGCGUGCGGAGAAAAUGAUGGUGGCAGCAGCGGUGACUCUCUUCCACGUGCCUUAUGCAGUGUGUCUCGUGUGUGGUCCUGCCCCGUCCACUUACCGCCAGACCAAGUCCCCUGCUGAUCCUGGCCCCCCAGAGGCUAGGACAGCACUGCUCAAGUGUCAAGGUUCAGGCCAGAGGCGCUGCAGUUGCUGGCCAGUGAGACAGCACUGACACUAGCAAUAGAAAAGUGGAUCAAGCGAGUCCUUUGUCAGAGUGAUGGUCUGGAACCUCAGUCAGUGGACCACUACUCGUGUGGCUGCUACAGACUGUGAAAGAGAAGUUUAGUUGUCAAACUAAGUGAACUUUUUUUUUUUUCUCCCUCAGCCUGUCCAGGGCAAAGUGUAACACUGAGGUGGCAGCCACGAACUCACUGAAGGGGACGGAGUGCCAACUGCUGUUUGGUGGAAGGGACUCCAAACUGCAAGACUGUGAUGCGUAGGAAGUUUCAUCAUUUCAUUCAGUGUAAAUACCACACAAACCAUCAGUCUGCUUGCUCAUCACUGCACUUCCUCCUAAAAUACACACUCUUUCAUGGUCAACAUUGGCUUGUAAUUAUGUAAGUAAUUUGAGGUUAGCAUUUGUGUUCACAGGGGAAGGGAUUACAUGUAUGCAGGCUUAAAUAUAGUGCAAUAAUGUUAAAUACAGACUUUUUUCUAAUUUACAAAGUUUUUGUUGCCAAAAGAGGCAUGUUACUUCACUGGAAUUUACUGCUCACUUAUCCUUAUUAAAACCUGGAAAGGCACGUUUCAUUUCUAUUAGCAUAAUACAUCUGAACACAACAAGUUAAGCCUUCAUGCUCAGUUUUGCCACACUGUGAAAAGUUUAUUUGAAUAAACAAAAAAAAAAACUGGUGAAAAAUUAAUGCAUUCAACAGUGUACCAGAACCUUGAAAGAAUACAAACUUGCCAAUCUCUUGCAUUAGGAGGAGGAGCAGAACACAGGCAGAUAUUUUCCUACCCCAUUUAUCCUGUACCACACCUAUAGUAUUAUGCGUAGCCUUAAGAAGCUUGGGAAGACAUGUUCUUGUUUUCUUAUUUAUCUGAAAAUGCAGAGGAAAGAGUAGAGAUUGUUAGCCUCACUUGCUCUAUUAUUGUACAUCUGAAGUGGAUUGACAGCACUCCAACACCAAGCAAAAGUGUGCUGUGAAAGUGGUUAAAACUUGGUUGAAAAGUUUACUCCAUUCAAAUAAAUUAUUUUUAAUAUAAUAUCGAAACUGUCUUCAUCCACAUACUUUAAUCUGACAAAAGUGUGUCUGUAGGCAAGUGUUUCACUACAGGUGAUGCCAAACACAAGGCUCAGUGUUCUGGGUCACUACUCACCACCAGGGAGCGGCAACAGCUGGCACCGACCAGGCUCACUGUGCCGCUCCCUCCUGUGCUGUUUGGGGCAGGCAUGCUGUGGUGAUUGCAAGAGGCAGUCUCUUCUGGGAAUGGGCUUGUCCAGCAUGAUACCCACACAGCAAAAAUUCUUAAGUAUAAAGAGGAGCUUUGCUAUGCGAGCGGAAACACUGGAAACAAGCGUUGCAAACUGCCCUUUCCUUCUGAUUUCCGUUUGCCUUCAACUCGUUUUUACAUCCAAUGACCUUGUUCUUGAGGCAUGGACUCCCAGACGUUGCUGCUGCUUCAGGCAUCGCCACACUCUCAACUCUGUGAUGAGUAACCUGUCAGUGUGUUUGGCAUCACUAAACAGGAACACGGAGGACUUGGUCAUGCUAACAGUGGGCAUUCUAUUGUGGCCAAGUUUUUACAUUAAGUAAUGCUCAGCAUACUAAACUUAGCUACGUAAAAAGAAUAACAAUGAAUUUUCCGAGGGCAAGGGUUCUCCCCCUGGGAGGCGAUGUAAUGUCAAGAUUAUUCAAUUAUUUUCUCCAAUGGGCCAAAUGAGAAAAGUCCUUUCACAGCUGCAAGAAAGAAUCAAAUUUAUAUUUUUUAUAUCAUGAACAGCACAAGGGUGUCCUCUAUUAGUAUUACUCCCAGGAUGACCUUUCUUUAUGUUGUGCAUGGGAACAUAUUUUCAAUCAAAACUCUUGAGUGAUGUGCUCAAACACCCAAAGGAAAUUUCACUGAAAGCUGAUCUUUCUGCUUUUCUUUUGGGUUUCUCAAGUCUUAUAUUCUGCUGCUGUAUUUAAUUUAUUUUGCUGACAGAAAUUUUGCAAAACAGGAGACUUGAUUGUUUUCAGGAUAAAUGAGGGACUCUCCAAGGUCCAUGCAAGUGUGGGCCACCGCUGCACCUCUGACUGGAGAGCUGUGAGGCAGAGUGCCUUAAUAUUUCAUUCAAAUAAUUUAUUUUGAAAACCUGCAGAAAUGCUUUCAUCUCUGUAUUUGCAUUAUAAAUGAUUUGAAGGAAACAUUGUGGUACUCUCUCUGACCUCUCUUCUACAGAGGCCAAGAUGUACUGCUGUCUGUCUGUCUGUUCCAAUCAGAGGAACACGCUACACUGCUGCCCUUCACCUAUAUUCAGCUCUGAGAGUCCCUCUUUGUUAUUGAAUGCAGUUUGCUUCAAGGCAUUUAUGAUCAAACUUUAGUUUCUCAACUACUGAUUUACCCAUUUAUUUGCAAAUGAGAAAUUUAAAAUCAUAAACCAAAACAAGGAAAUUAGUGAAUCUUCUUUGCUAAAACUUCCAAAGCAGGAAAGUAAACUGAUACACAUCAUGACCACAGCAAAACAUUACCUUUUCUCUAAAGAAUUGGUUGCACACAAGCAUCACCAACGUGCACGUCUGGUGCCAGUCACCACAGGGAAGACCAACCCUCGGCCUAGGGUGGGGUGUGUGCCACGGCUGCUGCCACCCACCACCCACUGCAGGGACAAAGGACAGACUUCAGCACUCAAGUUGUGCUGGUCAAAUAUAUGCUCGUGUAAAAGUCCAUUUAUGUAAGUCAACACCCCUAAAACUAAGGAAUUGAUGUGAUCGUUGAAGAAAGUGAUUUCCAAGUUAACAGUGACCCCUAAACUUGACUAUAAAAAAUUGGCCAAAUGAUUAAACUCUGACAUGAGUCUUCAUAGGGGAGCCGGGCAGUGCCGAGUCCUGGCAUCCACACGAGGCUGGGGGCGGCACCCACAGUGUUGCCACAGUGCCAUUUCUAGCCAGACUGUAAACUUAAGAGCCAAAGUCAUGUUUUUUGUUUUGUUUUGUUUUGUUUUAAAUGAAGAGUGAACUUCUA